UAGGAUGAGUCAGCUCACUGAACACCGGUCCCUCCAUUCUGUCCCACCUCCCCUUCCUCCUUACAGCUCAACCCCCAACUCGCUGCCUGUUUUCUGGAGGGAGCUAUUUGUGGCUGAUCCUCCAGAUACACCCUCUGUCCCUGUCCUGGUCUGGACCCUCUACCCACCCACGGCCUGUCUUUCCUCAGCCUGGAAAUCCUACUCUGGGCCUGGAGUCCCUCUGCUUCUGGCCCUGUCCCCUGGAAUGCCCUCCUUCCUCUCUGCCCAACUCCCCACCCCCGAGGGUUGGACUGUCCAGGACACUCCAACACCACCAAAUUCACGAGCUCUUAAGUUUUGGACCCACCUUGAUUUUUCACCUGACAGCAAGUUCAGAGGUAUGAGAAAAAUAGGAGGAAGCCGGGAAGGAAACAUGAAAAGCUUGCAAGAGGCUCAGGACACUUGCAAAAGAUAGGCUCUGAGCCCCCCAGGAACAAGUGCAAGAAGGGUAAUUGAUGCUCCAUUCUUUCUUUUUUUUUUAAAUGGAGUCUUGCUCUGUCGCCCAGGCUGGAGUGCAGUGGCACAAUCUCGGCUCACCAUAACCUCCGCCUCCCAGGUUCAACCGGUUCUCCUGCCUCUGCCUCCUGAGUAGCUGGGAUUACAGGCAACAACUGGAAACAACCCAAGUGUCCGUCAGCUAGAGAAUGGAUAGACCCAUGUGGUCUGUGCAUACAGUGGAGUGUUGCUCAGUUAUACAAAGAAAAGAAACUAUGGAUACAGGCCACAGGAGGGAUGAACUUCAAAACAUUACAGUAAGUGAAAGAAGUAAAACUCCAUGAGGGAAGUUGGUGGGUAUGGACAUGUUUUUGAACUGGCAGAAUUUUACUGUGUUCAUUGAGGUAUUAGGUAUUGAGUCCCUGUUGACCAGCUACUGUGCUAGGUACGGCCAUUAGAGAAAUGAGAAGCAGACGCCAUCUCCAUUGUGACGAGACUCACCCGAUCAGCCAUUUCUGAUGAACACUCAGAGAAGACAGCAGGUCCCCGACAUCAUAGACCAGCCACUUUAGAAAGUAGUGGCAAAGUAAGGGCUGAGGCCCCAGAUCUGCCUGGAGUCAGGCUGCUUCUACAAGUGCUGUGCCAGCCUCAGUACUGUGGCUGCUCGGGCAGCACCGUUUCAGUUUCAUCAAAGGCUCAGGCAGUACUGGAGUGUGGGUGCCCCAUGGGGUGUAUACUGACCUGUUGUAUCGACUCCAUCUGUGGCUGCUGCAAUGGGGAGGAGGAACCCUGUUAUGAAUCUGAUACUUAUGAGGCUGUGGCUGCUGCAACAUCAGAAUCCACUACUGUAGAGCCUGGCAAGCUGCAUGUGGGAGCCACGGAGGGCCACGACCUGCAGCACAUCAGCAACCAAAAGAUGCCCACAGGUCCCCUUGAGGACAGCCUGAAUUUAAAAUCUCUACCACCAAGUGAGGAAGACUAUGAUGAUGCCCAGAUUUUACCAUCACCCAUCCAGGGUUCUUCUGAGGAAACCUGAAUUUCUAGUAUGCCCACCACCAAGUGAGGC